AUGAACCAAACUGGAAUGGAGCGCCGUAUCUACAGCCAUCGCGAGAUGGUGGCCGCCGCCGGCCUGGUCCUCCUCAGACAAGGAGGCCACGACGAGCCAACACCGCCGGCUGGCCCCGGCCCCAACCUGCCCGCUAGACCAGCGCCUGCUACCGCUGCAGCGGUGCGCCGCCCUGCCCCUGGCGAGGGAAGCCUCCCUGCGAGGCCACGCACACCAGAGGGUGGAUGGCGUUCGGCCACCCCCGCCAACAACACCUCGGCGAGGAGAAGAAGAAGUGGCGGCAACCACCGCCAGCAGACUGGCCGCCACCACCACCACCACCACCCACACCAUCAGCAGCAGCAGCAGCAGCAGCAGCAGCAGCAGCAGCAACAGAACCGUCCUGGUUCGGGCUCGGUGGUGCCCUACCAGCAUACCACCACCACCACAACCACUACCACUGCGGUUCCUACCCCUCCCCCCUUCUCUAACCGCCCUCCUCCCCAUAUCCCUCCCAUGGGAUAUUAUGGCUAUCAACAGCCGGCGUGGCAGCAGCCACAGCAACUGCAACCUCCCCGCCCUGGCCCUCGCGGGACCUCGGGUCGAGAGCCCCUUGACGAGGAGAAUAUCGUCCCGCCGCCGCCGUGGCGCGCUGAUAACAGCCGUCGCUCUAGCAACAGCCGUCGCUGGUGA